ACAAAGCCUGGUGGAGCGCCGAGUGAACAGUCGCGUUGUGUGCUCCACCCACGGUACACGGCAGUCGUCUGUACGAGUUCUGUACGUUUGAGAGUGCGAACACUUAGCCUUCGGCACGGAAGUGGGUGUUACUGAAUCGAAUAUGGCAACUGCAUAUCUUUACGAUUUUCGCGAAAGAAGACUAAGAAUGAUGGAAUUUCAGUGAAAGUGUUUUAAAGGACAUCGACGUUAGCCAUGGACCAUUCAGUUAAGGCAAUCAACACACACCGUAAAGUAGCAUUCAGCCGGCUAUUUAAUCGACUCAAUUUCGAAAAUGAUGAACUGGAAGCACUGUUUCAUAGAUACAUCUUCAGGCUUCAACAGUACUCGAUCAUAUGUGUACUUGGAUUAUUUGUAUUGUUAACGGCUGCAUUGUCCGUCUUGCAUGCUAUAUACGAUGGUUUUGCAACGGUUCCCACCUUAUACUAUAUGACAUCGAGUGUUGCUUUGUUAGCAUUGGCAUGUUUCAGUCACACGCGUUACAUACGAGACCAUCACUUACUAAUAUUAUGCUACGUCAUCUUAAUCUUUUUUAUGACCUUUUGUUGCUUUGUUCUGCCCGUCGAUGUUGGAUUAGGUGGUUCCUGGAGCGCCAGAAUUUGGUCGGGAUCGCACAGUGCUUCGGAUGGAGUUUGGGAGAUCGUCUUUGUCUUGUUUCUAAGUUAUUGUAUGUUGCCCGUCCCUCGAGGUAUAACUGUUAUCAUGGGCAUAAUACUACCGAUUAUACACACCGCUGUGGCUGCGAUAUUUGCUAGAGAAUUUCCAAAUUUUUUAUGGAAUCAGUUGACAUCCAACUGCCUGAUAUACGUAUGUGUCAACAUGGUUGGAUUAUUCGUGCAUAACAUUAUGGAGCGUGCACAGAGGAAAGCAUUUCUCGAUACUAGAAAUUGCAUAAAUGCCAGACUAGAAAUGGAAGACGAAAACGAAAAAUUGGUAAUAAUAAUAAUAAUUCAUACAUUAUUUAUAAAAAAAAUCAGCGUAAAGUCUAAUUUGAUCAUUACUUCUCAAUCUUUUUGUAUAUGGACAUUCCAUAUAGGACGAUAACGUGAAGUGGGAUGUUAAUAAACGCUCGCGAGCUACAGGUUGGAAGACGAACGCAUUUAAAUUUUUUUUCCCGUUUUAUUCAAUGAUGCAAAGACCAAACUGCACGCAAAUAUUUUUGAAGUAAAUUUACUCGUUUUAAUUAGUAUAACUAAGUAAAAAUGAAAAGGAAAAUAUAAAUUUAACAGUUAUAAAUGUUCUGUCAAUAUAUUCUUGGUCAGUUAGAAUGAAACUGGUAAAGUGCAGAGUGUGGCUACAGUGUAUGGAAAGUUGGUCUGAAUCAAUACAGAAUUGGACAAUUGAUCCAACCGCUAGAAAACUCGAGUGUAGU